GUUUGGAGAUAGAAAAAGAGAAGAAAACACACAAAUAUCCACAAAUAAAAAUAUUUGGCAGUUCAACAUCAACUACACAGCAAUUGUCAUUACGUUUUCUCUUUUAGACGCGAUCAGUUGUGAAUUAAAUCGUGUGAAAUUAAAGUUGUGGAGAUUAACAAUUUUUUACAUGAAAGAAAUUAGAAAUUUUUGGAAAUUUUACUCGACGGUGAAACUUAAAAUUGUGUAGCGGAUACAAGAAAAUUUAGAAUUUUGAAUUUCGGUGGCAAGAAAAAGUUUUUGUAGAAUUUUAGUGAAUUAUUAAGUGGAUAUAAAAAUUAGAAAGUUUUUGGGAAAGUUUAAGGAUUUAAUACGAUUAGGAUUAACGUCAAUAUUCAAAGGAAACGGUGGAUUUAUACCUAAUAUUUAAGAAAUAGUCAUCAUCUGACAUACGUCAUAGGAAUCAAAUUACGCAACAAUCUGUAGAAACCCAAUUUAGUCAAAAAGUUCAGGAAACUAUGUCAAUAUUCGCAAUAGUAUCGUUUAUCCUCACAAUCUGCAUCCUCCUAUACCUUUACUAUGAAUAUGCAGGCGAUGCAAUCAAACGACGUCGCACAAUAUUUGAAAUCAAGAUGCUCUGGAUGGGUACAAAAGGAAAUUAUGAGGAUGCGAUUAUGAAACAAUUCAAUGUUGGCACACAACCAUAUAAACAAGCUCAAAAGAUUGUUGUACUUACGGGGGGUAAUAAAGGCAUUGGUUUAGGUGUAUUGAGGAAAUUACUUGAAUGUGAGAUGACUGUUGUGUUAGCCGUACGCAAUCCAAAAGAGGCCAAAGAGUCUGUGGAGAAAAACAUUGAUGCAUCACUUGUACAAAAUCGAGUAUCUUAUGAGGUCUGCGAUAUGUUUGAUAUUGACACUGUAAGGCGAUUUGCGGAAAUUAUACACGAGAAAUAUCCACGUAUUAACUUGCUUAUCAAUAAUGCUGGAAUCCUUCCUGCGCCAUACAAAGUCACCAAGGAAGGUUACAUCUCUCAAAUGGCUAUCAAUUAUCUUGGUCAUUUUAUGUUGACACAUCUAUUAAUACCAAAUUUGAGAGCAGGUGCAGAAGCCAUUGGAAUAAAGUCACGAGUUGUCAGUGUGGCAUCAAAUGUCCACGAAGUUGGACUUAUCAAUUACAAUGAUUUCCAUUGUAAAAAGUAUUAUCGUGCAAGUAUGGCUUAUGCAAACAGUAAAUUAGCUCAAAUAAUGUUCACUUAUGAGUUGGAAAGAGUUUGUCGAAAGGAAGGAUGGGAUAUACAGUCAUUUGCACCACAUCCAGGCGUUGUUGAUACUGACAUAUUCCAGAAAUCUCUUGUUAAUCAUAUACCAGGAUGGAAAAGAUUUUUAUUUAAGACAGUCGAAGAAGGCGCAAGGACGAUUGUUUUUGCAGCAAUCGAACCUGAAUUAGAAGGAAAAGGUGGUGCUUAUCUCACAAAUUGUCUAAUAAAAAAACCAGUGAAUGAAAUCGCUUAUAAUGAUGCAGAAUGUGAAAAGUUAUUUAAAUAUACGUGCAAUAUGUUGAAUAUAGAAAAUUUUGGAAAAGAAAAUUUUAAUAAUAAUCAGGAAUGAAGCAGUGCUAAAUAAAAAGUUAUCAAAAUCAUAAAAAUUUGUGUUUGCGUUUGACAAAUCAAUUACUUAUCACAUCAUAAGUUGCUGUCCAAACUUCAAAAAUCAAAUUCAGUGCCAAUCGCAAAAAUUAACAAUUUAAGCA